GCAGGGCACCCUCGAGGAAUUCCAGGCCCCAGCGUUUGGAGACUGGAGCUGGUUGCUGGAGACAUGAACAAGAUCUUCCCCCAGGGGGAUGUCAAUGGCAGCGCUACUGCCGGAACGAAAGUGCUUCCCGGAGAGGAAGGCUGCAGCCGCCUCUGCUGCUCACGUCAAGGGACCUGCCUCUCGGCCUCUGUGCUGGUUCUGUUGGCAGCUCUUGCAGCCCUGAUCACGCUGGUCACCAUCUUUGGACCCCCACCCCGUGCACCAGGGGCCCAGGCCUGCAUGACACUGACGAACAGGACAGGUUUCUUGUGCCAUGACCGGAGGAGCUGCAUCCCAGCCAGUGGGGUCUGUGACGGCGUCCGCACCUGUGCCCACGGCGAGGACGAGGAUGAGGCUUUGUGCCGUGAUGUGCCCCAGAGCCUCCCCAGCUUCCUCGUGGCCCUCUGUGGGGACCCAGCUUCCUGGAUCUAUUCAGACCAAAAGUGUGAUGGGACCAACAACUGUGGGGAUUGUUCUGAUGAACGGAGCCCAGUGACAGCAUGCCCACCCUGCGGCCCUGGGUGGUGGCGCUGCCCCUCCAUCAUCUUCAAGUAUUGUGACUGUAUCCCGAGGAGCCUCUGUGGGGACCGCGUGCAGCACUGUUCCGACUGGUCUGACGAGUACUCCUGUCCUGGACCCUAAGUGGGCCGCCCAGUCCAGAGCGGAGGGCGGGUUGCAACGGCGCUAAUCGCCUUUCAUCUGAGCAUCGAAUCUGCGAACACAGCGCAAAAAGCCUUUGAGAUCAUCUAGUGGGACCUAUGUACCAUCGUCUAUGAAUAGACAACUUUCAGUUGUCCAGUCCCUGCCUGAGCGUCUCCAGUGACAGGGAACUGUCUACCAUGUCAGACAACUCCUAACAAAGAUGAGGGGAACCUGCUGUGACCCCACAGAGCAGAUCUGGUCCUCUGCUUGGAUCUGUAGGUCCUGACCUUGUCGCCCCUUGAGUCUAGAGCUCACCCAGCUAAGGAAUUUAACCCUUAUGAAUGACACAUGGGAAGUGUAUUACACUUCCCACCCCUUUGAUACCUAAGGCCAACAUUGCUGUGCUUGGGUGCAGCCUUAGCAUUUUCCUCAACACAGUAAUCCUGGCCUACUGGUCAACCCUACUGACAACUCACAUGAGAUUGCACCUGAGGUGGAUUAUUUGUCAUCCUGCCGGUGGGAAACCACUCCAGAAGGCUCUGAGCUGCUGCAUAGACAGUCUAGAAAAAGAGUAGCCCAAAGGGUUCCUGAUGAUCCUUCUGUCCAUUCCAUUCUCCACCAUGCCACUCCUCCUCCUCCACCCCGUGACCAGCUGCCCAGCCAAACAACUCAGAUGUCUGGAAAGAAAUAUUGUGUUUUGGUACUAGAGCUUGAGUGAAAUAGCCGUUCUUCUGCAGGUCUCCCCAGUUUCACAACACGCAGACAGGCAAGGAUGGAUAGCCCAUUAAACAGAUGAGGAAAAGGAGACCUAGACAUAGAAAAAAUUUCCCUGGAUCAUGUGGCAAAGUCAGAGCUGGAGCUGGGACUCAGGCACGCCUAUGGUGUGUACAAUCAACCCCAAAGCCUUUCCUGCUACCAGCGUGAUUAUACCUAGCAGGGUAGAGUCUCUGUGGGGUUAAGAAGGGAGUUUGAGGAUCAGAAAGCAUCCCACUCUUAUUCUGAAAGGGACACUAGGAAUCUGAGUGUUCCUGUUGAAAGACAGGCUGAGCCCCAGUGGAAAUCAAUAAUCAAUAAAAUUGGUUUCA